GUUCUCGUAUGCAGGUAAUUUGAGUCCAUUUACUGUACAUAUUUUGGCUGGUGAUAAUUACCUUUCCAUCCAUGGUCAGGUUUCAAAGACUAUAUAUAUCACGAUUAUUGAAAGAGUAUCUCACAUUCUCAUAUUAUGGAAGGAACUUCUCGAACACUUCCUUACACCAUAAGAUUCGUUGGUCUACUUGGCAGUCAUUCUCUUGGUAGAAAUCCAAUGUUUAUGGCUACUGCGGUAGAUUUAGGAAGGGAAUUGUUAAGACGAAGAAUUAGUCUUGCUUAUGGAGGAGGCAACGUUGGCCUACAAGGAGCUUUUGCUUCAACAGUCUUUACCAAUGGAGGUCUCGUUAGAGGUUUCAUUCUUGGGUACAUAGCAACACGACGGGUCUAUGGACCUACGUACGGUGUAGAGCACACAGUUUCCAGCAAUUACUACAAAUAUUUUGAGAUGAAUCAUGCCGUGGAAGCUUUCAUUGUUCUUCCUGGAGGAGUUGACACUAUGGAAGGUCUGUUUACCUUGAUCUCGUGGGCUUCUGAAGGGUUACACAAUAGACCCAUUGGUCUCUUGAACAUUGACGGUUAUUUCAAUAACCUAAUCAAAUUUCUAGACGAUGCAGUGAGGCAGAACUUCAUGUCUUUGAGUCAGAGGAAACUUUUCAUUUCUUCUUUCUUUGUUGGUGAGCUUUUAGACAAAUUAGAGUUUGCUAAAGCUUUCCCGGGACCAGGGCAGCUGUUCCUGAAGAGAUGUAAGAAGAAGGUGCUGAAAUCACAAGAUAGCACUCCACGAAGGAGGAGUGGAAGGUUGAUGAACGUUAUGUUCAGAACGAAAACCAAGCUGCAUGGGGGACCGGAGCAAAUAGAUCUCGUUGGUGACGAAUCAGCACAAACUGGGAACUCUAUUGAAGGUGACGGCAUUAGUGAAGACAAAGACAAAGAAAUGGGAGAAGUUCAACCGAAUGCUCGGGUGGAUGUUGUGAGAAAUGUUUUCCAUGUUGGCAAUAUGCAAGAUGGGCAGGGUAAUGUGGAUUCUGGAGGUAAAAAUAGCGCAUCCCCAACGAAGAUGUUAACGGAUGGCGAGGAAGAAAACAGUGAUGAUGAGGUUGCAAAUGAUGAUGAUGAUGGAGAAGAAAGAGAUGAGGACGAGGCAGAUAUUGAUGGUGAAGAAGGCAACGAUGAUGAUGGCUCAGAGAGUGAUGGUGCACAGACCGGUGGUGAUCAGGAAUCGGAAGAGUACGAAGGGGACGACAAUGAGAAUGAUGAUGACACGUCUGGUGGGCAAGGUGAAGAUAGUAGAGUUCGGGGUGGAUCAGUGAAGGGAAAGACACCGAGAGCAGAUUGCAAGAGUGUUGAACGGUCAAGUAGAAGAACAAUUAAGGCUAUGAAGAAGGGAAAGGAGCGAUUACAGGUAUUCUACGUAGAUCGUGUGUCUGAUUUUUCAAGGACGGUUCCUAGGACAUAUCCAGAUGUGUUGGCCUGGAGUGGAAAGGAACUAAGGAAAAGAGAGAACAGUGAGGUUACUGAGGGGGGUUUUGGUUUAGGUCAUGACGAUGGGCGAAUGAGUCGUGAGGCGCGCAUUGAGCUGAACGGAGAUAUGAAUGAGAGAGAACGGGACGCUGCCGAGGAGAGAGAUGAGGCUGAACAAGAAAACUUGAUCGUUGAAGAUUCGGAGGAGGUUCUUGUAAGGAAAAUUGCAGACAAAAGCAAGAUCCUGGCAAGCACAAUUAUUGAUCUGCUAAACAUGAUUCAGGAUGCACCAAAGUCGAUGGCAAAGAAUUUGAUGUUUCGUAAGAUGCGUAAUGUGUGCCAUAAAGUAAUUGGCAUAAAUGUUGAAAAGAAAGAUAAUAUUGAACAAGAUCUUAAGAAUAAUGAAAGAGACAUGUCGGAGGAUUCAGAUUUUUGGAGCAGUCCAGACCUUUGGGCAGCAGUUGAUGAAGCGGAAAAGGCAGCUGAGGUGCGAAAGAAGUAUGAGGAAUUCAUUAACGAUGUGCCUUCUUUCAGUCUGGGGAUGGCACAGGUUUUGGAAGAAGACGUGGAGAGCAAUCGUGAAAAUGCAAAGAGCAGUGAGGGGAAUGAAGUGAAUGAAGUGGUGACGCCAGCGAACAGAACUCCUAAUGAUCCUCAGCACACCCCAAACAUAGAUAUCACAGCCUUGGAGUUUGGGAGUGUGGGGUCUGUGAGGGGAGAGGAAGUGCAUCACAAUAAAGAGAUGGAGCAGAAUGGAACUGUGAUUGGUGCAGAGGGUGAUGAAGUUUGUCAUGACCUAGGUGCGAACAUCCAGAUUGAUAUGGUGGUUGAGGAGGGAAGUGGGUUGAAGGAGCUUGUGUUCAAUGGGUAUAAUAUUUUGGUUGAGCAUGGAGAUUUGUUGACGUUGGAAAGUGGCCAUCACAUAUCUCCACGGGUAGUUGAUGCUUGGUCUUGCAUAUUGAAUCACAAGGAGCUGUUUCGUAGCGUUGCGUCUCCAGCCCGUGAGGGGGAGAUGGAGAAAGAUGUGGAUGCUUAUAAAGUGGUUUGUGAUGCUUUGGAUUAUGGAUGGAGCUUAACCAAUCCAUGCGAUGCUGAUAUGCUGAGUUUAUUGAUUCCUGAUUCAGAGUUAUUCAUUGAGGGGGAGAUGGAGAAAGAUGUGGAUGCUUAUAAAGUGGUUUGUGAUGCUUUGGAUUAUGGAUGGAGCUUAACCAAUCCAUGCGAUGCUGAUAUGCUGAGUUUAUUGAUUCCUGAUUCAGAGUUAUUCAUCUCAUCGGCUGGUGUGGCAAAGAUUGAUAAGUAUGAUGAAAUGCCAAACGUUGUGCGAAACAUGGUUGUUAAGUAUUUUGAAAAUAAAGGUAUGGAUGGCCGGGUGGAAAAGGUUAAGGAACAGAAGCCAAAACGAUUACAACUGCCGUGGAGAGAUUCGACUGCCGUAUUUGAUUAUGGUGUGAUCACAAUGCGCCAUAUGGAGACGUACACGGGGCAGACAUUGAAGCGGUGGGACUGUGGUUUGAAAAAGGGGGACAGAAAGGCGGUGAAUGCACUUAGGACAAAGUACUGUGCUGCAAUAGUCGAAUCAGAUGUGAACGAGGUUAGGGAGAAGAUUAGGCAGUUGGUGAAGCACAAUACUCAAUGAAGACUGCAUGUUUGGAUGAGAAAUUAAUGUUUUAAUGGGUGACUUGGCAUGGGGAUUAUGAUCUGUUUGUUUUAUGUUUUUAGCACUUACAUUUGGGUGACAUUUUGAUGUUUUGGUUUGGUGCACAACCCCUGAAUGAGUUGAUCACUGGCUUGUUCAUUU